UGUUCCCAUUUUUCAAAUAGCAUUGGUGAUUUGCUCUUUACUGUCCAUCUCUGAUCCCCAGAUACCAGGCAUGAGUCUUGCCCCACCCCGUAUUGGCGAGGCUAUUGAACUAGCCAACCAUCUUGUCCGGCUUCCCUGGCGUCGUCCCAGUAUCAGAAAGGAAUGCCGACUCCUUACCAGCACUGAAUUACAAAGGAUAUUCGACGCUCUUCAAGCAGCAAAACGAGACACGAGAGUACGUCCUAAUGUCUUAGAUGCCUUUGCUUUUCUUCACUCUCAUCCAGAGAUCAACGAAGGUGCUCAUGGCGGAACUGCCUUCCUUCCAUUCCAUAGAUAUUAUCUUCAUCUGUAUGAGAAGAUGUUGCGCAUGUAUGAGCCUACUGUCAGUUUAUGUUUCUGGGAUACCACCUUAGAGCCAGAGAACUACGAAGAAUCGGCUAUGUGGACUGCUGAUAUAUUCGGUAGUCCCCGUGGACUUAUCACAGAAGGUUUUGCUGCCAACUGGCUGACACCUUUGGGCCCUUUGAUACGUGAAGUUGCCGGCGCGAGAGGAAGAACUUUAAAUGACAGAGAUAUAGAAGAAGUUCUGCGCCAAACCAGAAUAGGAGAAAUAUCAUUUCCGAACGGUAUAACGUCUGCCAACGUCGAGGAAUUACAUAAUCAUGUACAUUUGGUUGUCGGUGGUCUAAUGUCUCAAAUUGAAUCUGCUUCUUACGAUCCUAUCUUUUGGUUUCACCACACGUAUGUCGAUUGUUUGUAUGAACGAUUUAGGAAGAAGCAAAAUGAAACCGGAAAAAUAAAUCCCCAACGUGACUGGCCACGUGAUUUUGGUGAUCCAUCGAACGCUCCCUUUGUACCGAUGCGAUUGGGUGCGAUGAUGAAUAUUGAUGGCGCCAAUAAUAUCUUCAGCGGUAUGAUAACUUGUGAGGAUGUACCGGAAUGUCGAACUGAUCGCGAUUGUGGUCGUUUCAUGAAUUGUGACAGGAUACGUCAACGCUGCAUUUCAAAUACCAGGAGAAAUUCACAAUCUGCAUCCAUGUUCGGUGGAAUGUUUGGAAUGAGCACAAAUUCAUUCGGUGGCAUGUUCCAAAAUGGUUUAUUUUCUUCACAGGGUAGCGGUGGCUUUCCAGGUUUCAAUCCAAUGAGCUUCAAUAAUAACGGUAACCAAGCUUUUGGUCAAAUGAACAACUUCGGAAAUACCCAGGGAGGUUUCCCAGGUGGACCAUCAAAUAUGCAGCCAGGGUUAAUGGGCAAUCAAAAUCAAAAUUUUGGAGGACCACCUCAACAAUUUCAAGGGAUGCAAGGAUUCCCUGGAGCAGGUAAUCAAGGACAACAGAACAUGCCACAAUUCCCAGGAAUGCCAGGAUCCAACAAUAUGCAAUCUUUCCCCGGAAUGGCCAACUUCGGAGGGAUGAUGCCGGGAAUGCCUAAUAUGGGAGGAGGCGGAAUGCCUAAUAUGGGAGGAGGCGGAAUGCCGAACUUCGGAGGAGGAAUGCCUAACUUUGGAGGGGGUGGAAUGCCUAACUUUGGAAACCAGGGUGUUCAAGGUCCAAUGGGAUUCGGACGCGGAAUGCCUAACUUCGGAGGAGCUGGGGGUACACAGAACCAAAAUCCAGGAAUGAAUAUGGGUCCUGGGGGACCACCAAGCGGUUUUAAUUUCGGAAAAUAAGACUUUUCUUAAACAUAAUAUAUCAUUGGACAUUUGUAUUAAACUCAAAAUAUCAGUAUCGUUUGAAAUAGAAUAAUUCUGUUCUUGAAGAAAUGGAGGGUAAAGUAACGGCGGUUGCAUCAUAAUUAUACAUGAAUCGUUGUAUUAGAUAAAUAAAAUGAUGGAAUAAGUACGUGAUUGCAGAACGUACAACCAUUUACGCUUUCGUGUGAAAAUAAAAUGUUUCUCAAUUAUAUUAUUCAUUCUUGACUUAUGUUUUAAAAAACCAAACCCAGGAUUAGU